CGCGCGCUCCAGCUGUGAGCGGCUCGGGCUCCGGGACCCCGGGCCUCCGUGCCGCUGCCGCGCGGCCACUCACCAGCUGUUUCCAUGGCAGCAGAGGCCACGUGGUGAGGGGGCCGCCCACCCGGCUCCGCUCUCCGGUGGCUGCACCGCAGGCUCGUUGGCACUGCGAGAUACCGCCCCCGACAGGGCGCCCUCCGAGUGCUGGGCAGUGGCCCAGCGCCUGGCCUUUCGGGCCUGCGCAGCCCAGCGAGCGCCCUGUAAGGACUGCCAGGUGAUGAUGAAGGUUCUCUUACUGAAAGACGCUAAGGAGGACGACUGUGGCCAAGACCCAUACAUCAGGGAAUUAGGAUUGUAUGGACUUGAAGCCACUCUGAUCCCUGUUUUAUCAUUUGAGUUUUUGUCUCUUCCCAGUUUUUCUGAGAAGCUAUGUCAUCCCGAAGGCUAUGGGGGACUCAUCUUUACGAGCCCCAGAGCAGUGGAAGCAGUGGACCUGUGUUUGGAGAAAGACAAUAAAGCAGAAGUCUGGAAACAUUCUCUGAGGGAAAAAUGGAACGCUAAGUCAGUGUAUGUGGUCGGAAAUGCUACUGCUUCUCUAGUGAAUAAAAUUGGCCUGGAUACGGAAGGAGCAAACUGCGGAAAUGCAGAAAAGCUUGCAGAAUAUAUUUGUUCCCGGGAGUCACCAGCAUUGCCUCUUCUGUUUCCCUGUGGAACCGUCAAAGGAGAAAUCCUGCCGAAAAUGCUCAAGGACAGAGGGAUUCCCAUGGAAAGCAUAACUGUCUAUCAGAAGAUCCCACACCCGGGAAUCCAAGUGAACCUCAACAGCUACUAUUCUAAGCAGGGCGUUCCGGCCAGCAUCACAUUUUUCAGUCCCUCUGGCCUUACCUACAGCCUAAAGCAUAUUCAAGAGUUAUCUGGCGACAACAUUGAUCAAAUUAAGUUUGCCGCCAUCGGCCCCAGCACGGCCCGCGCGCUGACCGCCCAGGGCCUGCCUGUGAGCUGCCUGGCCGAGAGCCCCACGCCGUCAGCCCUGGCCAAGGGCCUCCGGUUGGCCCUUCAGGCCCCCCGCUGCUGAGUCGGUGGCCCGUCCCGCUGCUGACUGGUGCAGGGAGGUGAGGCAUCGGGGGGGCUCCCCACACCUCUGCCUCGUGCCUCCGCGGAACCCCGGGGACACCCGGGCCCGGCGAGAGCUCCUCUGGCAGAGGGAAGAAAACCAAAUAAACCACCUGGCUCUUCACGCUGAGUUGUCAC